CGCGCUUGCGAGCUGCACACGGAGCGCGCGAGCCCCUGAACCUGGGCGAUCAGUUCCUCUCCCGCCAAGAACACCGGGCCCUGGCGGCCGGAGGGGCGGGGCAGCUGCAGAAGACGCGAGGACUACGUCACCCAGGCUGCACUGUGCUCGCGGUCACGUGAUCUUCCCGGCUGCUGGUGGAUCCUUCCUUCCCGGCUGCUGGAACAUGGCAGUACUGAGUCCCGGGGAUCGCUGGGCCGAAGCAUUAAUUGAUGAGCUCAGAAGAAAUCCAUGCCCAUCGGAGGAACUAAGAGACAAUUUUGACUGCUGUGGCUGUAGUGACUGUAUGAGAAUGAAAAAGGAACGCAUGUGUGACAGUGGAAGAAGCCAGUCAACGUGUGGUGAAGGCAGCAUGACCUACACCAAGGAACAGUUACUUGGAGUGCAAAGAAUAAAGGACAGUAAGAAUUACUAUGAAAUUCUGGGCGUAGGAAAAGAUGCAAAAGAUGAAGAACUAAAGAAAGCUUACCGGAAACUUGCCCUUAAAUUUCAUCCUGACAAGAAUUGUGCUCCAGGAGCAACAGAUGCAUUCAAAGCAAUAGGCACAGCUUUCGCAGUUCUGAGCAAUCCUGAAAAGAGAUUACAGUAUGAUCAGUUUGGAGAUAAAGAAGAUGCUUUUUAUACCAAUGUACCCAACCAUUGUAACUAUUACAGAGAAUUUGAAGCAGAUAUAACACCGGAAGAAAUAUUUAAUAUGUUUUUUGGAGGGAAUUUCCCAACAGGAAAUAUACACAUGUUUUCCCAUUCUUCGGUGGACCCCCCGUGUUAUCCACAGCGGAACAGAUACGAGAGGACAUGGACCCAGGAUGAACAGGAGGAAGAAAUUAGACCACAGAAUACCUACUCAGCAUUUAUCCAGUUACUGCCAGUCUUUAUGAUAAUAGCUGUAUCAAUAGUAACUCAGCUGAUGGCUACUAAUCCACCCUACAGCCUCUUCUUUAAAUCGUCUCUAGGGCACACUGUUGUUAGAGAUACACAAAACCUGCAGGUUCCUUAUUAUGUGGAUAAAAACUUUGAAAAUAAUUAUCAUGGAGAAGAACUUGAAGAACUUGAAAAACUUAUUGAGAAAGAUUAUAUUGAUCACAUCCAAACUAGUUGCAGGAAAGAAAAACAGCAAAAAUCAGAGUUAUCUAAUUUGGCCAAGCUAUACCGAGAUGAGCGACUGAAGCAGAAAGCCGAAUCCAUCAAACUUGAGAACUGUGAAAAGCUCUCCAAUCUCAUAGGGAUUCAGAGGAGUCGCCAACUGGCAGAGGCAUGAGAGAAAUGUUGUGACAAGUCAUCUCUUCUGUUGGCAGGAAUUUCCAUUAGACUCCCUUCCUUUUAUAAUGAAGGGGAAAGACAGAGAGAAAAGCGUCCCAUUCAAACCACACACCAAAUUAUUAUUGUGUUCACGGAAAUGUAUUUGGACUGAGAUGUAGAGGGAGCACUUGCUGUGGUGUAUACAGUAUAUUUAGUUCCAGGGUCCAGUAGUAUUUCAGUGUUAGUUAUUCUUUGUUUACUUACAUUUUGUUGCAGUCUUCAUGUGAUACAUUGCCACCAUUCAAGUGCCAAGUAGGUGCUUUGCAGGAUCAUAGCCAUCACGCUUACUGAGCCUACAGUUUCUCAACAUUUACCUUGCAAGGCAUCAUAGAUAGAAGAGAAAAGGGUGGUCCUAGUCUUUCAUUUGUGUAUAUGCGUAUAGAUACAAGGACAUAUAUACUGUACAAACAUAUAUACAGUUCAGUUUCAAGAGAGCGUACAGAGGAGUGUCUUAAGGAUACUCUGUUUUCGUUAUGCUGUAAUACGUAAAGCACUUGGAAAACCUAAAAUGCUGCAUGGAGAUUCUGCAGGCUCGUCAUCCAAAUGCAUAAGAAAAUGGGGAGAGAAGAGAAAGCAGGAACUGGAGCAACGACUCUUAAUCUGGCCAGUGGAUGAGGAUGGAUUGGUAUUCAUGUUGCCAAAUCAGACUUGGACACAAAGAGAAGAAAAUGGCCUUAGGUCUCCAGAGCAUACUCUGAGAGAAGCCAAACCAGGGGGCCUCACAGGUGACAGAGUGUGAGCUAGGUUCCAACCUGUGGCCCAGAGCAGUGUUUCUCAACCAUGGCAGCUUGAAGAAGUGUGGACAUCAACUCCCAGAAUUCCCCAGCCUGCAUCUUCAAGCUGCCAAGGUUGAAAAACACUGGCCUAGAGCAAUCCUGUGCAUAUUUACUCAGAGGAAAGCUCUAGGUUGGCUAAUUUAAUUUAUUUCAAUUAUUACAGUACUGUGACCUAAAUUACAUUUCUUUUGACCUAAACCUUGCUGUCAGAGCAACCUAGGCUGGUACCUUCCAGAUGGGUUGAGAGCGGAACACAUCUUCUGAUUCCUAAACUGUUACCUCUGGGAGUUCCAGUGCCAAACUAAGGACGGCAUUACCACAGUGUGUGCUGGCAUCGUACGUGCUGAAUAUUGUGUUUGGAGGGGCAUGCUAAGAUCCAGAUUUCAGUGAAUUUCCUUGCAAAGGUCAUUUUGCUUGUGACAUAAGCAGUAUGGUCAUAGCUACAGCUACUUUCAAGUGAGGGUUCCAUGCAGAAGCCUUACGUUCCCUCAAUGAGUAUAGCCCAGCUACAAAGUCUAGAGGGGAAAUCCAUGCCUUCUUAGGAUCUGUUGGCGGGAAACGUUUGGCGUAACUUUCUUCUACAAAUGUGAAUGGCUAGCCUUAUCCAUCGGGCUGUGAUAGAAGAGCAGCUGUGGGGUUUGCUUCUCUUUCCUUUUCCUUUUGUGUAGCAUCUGAACACAGGGUCAUAAAUAAUUCCCUACCAAAAUAAAAUGUCCGGUAAUCCCGUGAAAUACGAUAGCCUUGAAAAGAACAGCAUUGUAUAAGAUGAUGGUCUAGAAAGUUUGUGUGAUUAAAGAUUUUAAUUAUUUGAUGAAAGGAGAUGAACGGGGCAUCAUCCUAUGCUACAUGGUAGUGUGAUCAGUACAUAACAGUGAGUUUUAUAAAAUACUGUACUUUCCUCCAAGGCAAUUAAUAAGCUUAAAGAGUUUGCUCUGUCAUUUUGAGAUCCAUGGUUUAUCCUUAGGGUUCCUCCCGCAAUUCACUUGAUUCUGCACAGCCCAGUGUUGCAUAAGAUACCUUUCAGGGUUAAACAGAUCUCAUAGACCGUACCCGACACUAAAAUUUAUUUUGGAAGACCCCUGCCUCAUCAGCUGCAUUUUACAAAUGUUUAUAUUGCAAAUUGCAGGAAAACCAAGCUCCUGAAUUUUGAUAUCCAAAAUUAACUCUAUUUUUGCCAAUUACCCCAUUUAGGCUAUAGGUAAAUCUAGCAGAUGUUUGCAUAAACUAAAGGCAUGGUUCAGCCUUCGUGAAAUAGUUUCUUUUUAAAUGUUCUUCAGAUGUGCAUGAGUUCUGAAAAAGUUCUCAUUUAUUUCAGAUCAAGAACCAGCUGUUUAUUUAUUUGUUUAAGUUAUUGGUGAUAUUUAUUUCUCUGAAUGUACAUAUAUAUUGGCAAAAUGGUGAUUACGUGAUAGCAUUGAAUCAUUACUGUAUAGUUCAUUUUACAGAAAAUAUUUAGGUGUGUGAUGUUCCAGAGAUGCUUUCCUUAUUUAGAGAAAAACACCACACACACUUUGUCAGAGCAAUUUGUGAAUUUGAAGUAAACAGCUCUCUGUUAAUUUGACCACCUCUUGGGUAAUUUCAGUGCAUCUGCUGUUGAAGAUUUCAUCCUUGGAUUGGGAAACAAAAUUUUGUGUGUUUGUGUGUGUGUUUUAUAUACAAAUCAUUAAAUGUAUUGCUUUAAAAAGGCAACUAGUGGCUGUAUUGUAUGAAAAAUGAAAUAAAAGAUACGAGUAUCAAAACUCC